GAAGAGGAGGAGGAGGAGGAGGAGGAGGAGGAGGCGGCGGUGGCGGCGGCGGCAGCAGAGGCAGACAAGUUGCUCUCUCUCAGCCCCGGGCUGUGCCCGGGUGCAGCCUCGGCACCAUGCCGGCCGUCAAAAAGGAGCUCUCGGCCAGGGAGGAGAUGGCCCUGGCUGCCUUCAACCAGCCCCUGGACGCGCUGCCCGACUACCUGGCGCCGCUGGCUGCCGCCGCCGCCAUCCCCAUCCCGGUGCCCGUGCCUCUGACCGGCCCCCCCCGGCGGGGCUACGAGCCUCUCUUUGCGCCCCCCCCGCCGCCGCCGCCGCCCCCGCCUCCCCCGCCCCCGCCGCCCCACCUCCACCUCCACCCCCCGCGCGCCUACCUGAGCCUGCCCCGGGCGCACCGGCCGCUGCCGCUGCCCCCAGACGAGCUGGCUCUGGAGCGCUUCUCGGCGGCACCCGACUUCCAGCCCUUCCUGGACCACGGCGAGCCGUGCAUCGAGGUGGAGUGUGGCGACAACCGCGCACUGCUCUACGUGCACAAGUUGUGCCAGGGCAGCAAGGGCCCCUCCAUCCGCUACCGCGGAGAGUGGCUCACUCCCAACGAGUUCCAGUUCGUCAGCGGCCGCGAGACGGCCAAGGACUGGAAGCGGAGCAUCCGCCACAAAGGGAAGAGCCUGAAGACCCUUAUGUCCAAAGGCAUCUUGCAGGUCCACCCUCCCAUCUGUGACUGCGCAGGCUGUCGAAUUUCCUCGCCAGUGAACCGGGGUCGUCUGGCUGAAAAGAGGACGAUCCCGCUGCCCCCCACCAGGAUCCCAAAGAAGGAGCUGAGUUCGAUUUUCUCAGCAAGUGAUGGCGACAGUGAUGGGAGCAGCCCAGCCCAUGGGCACCGGCCAGAUGUGAAGCAAGAAGACGACUUGCACAUCAGUAUCAUGAAGAGAAGGGUACACACUCACUGGGAUCUGAACAUCUCUUUCCGAGAGACGUCUUGCAGCCGUGACAGUGACCUCUCCACCAUCAUCUCCAAUUUGCACCAGAGCCGCCACCUCGUUAUGCCUGAGCGCCAAAGCCGCUGUGAAUUCCAGAGAAGCAGCGUGGAGAUUGGCCUGGGCCCAGCAGAUGACCUUUUAGGCAAAAGGCGGGGCUGCUCCCCCAGCGGCGGCGGCGGCGGCGGCAGUGACCGCCCCACGGAGAAGAAGCCUAGGAGUGAGUCCCCCAAGGAGCCCUCCCCCUCCCCCCUGCGGGAGGAGCCGGCCCCCCAGAUGACCCCGGAGGAACACUACCGAAGGAUGAUGUCGGCCCUUACUGAGCCUGGCGCCUUUGAGGAGCAGCAGCGGCUGUAUCAGCUGGCCAGCAGCGUGGGCCUGCCCAGCCACAGUGACCUUCUGAGGCUCAGGCAGGAGGUGGCUGCCGCAGCUGCGGUGAGGAGCCCCGGGGCCUUGGAGCCCCAUCUCCCCUCAUCCUCCAGCAGUUCUGCGGGCACUGGAGUCGGAGGCGGGGCCGGAGGGGGGGUCGGAACACGGCGGAAGCAAGGCCUGCCCCCCCACAGGGAAACAGCCGUCCCUGGGCACUUCUCUGAUAGGGACCUGACCCAUCCGUCGCUGCUGUCGCCCCAGAAUGCCCCCCACAUCGCCCUGGGCCCCCACCUCAGACCCCCCUUCCUGGGGGUGCCGUCAGCUUUGUGCCAGACGCCAGGCUACGGCUUCUUUCAGCCCGCUCAGGCCGAGAUGUUCGCCAGACAGCAGGAGCUCCUGCGGAAACAGAGCCUGGCCAGGCUGGAGAUGUCGGCAGAACUGCUGCGGCAGAAAGAACUGGAGACCCUGCACAGACCCAGGCUGCUGACGGGGGACCCCCUGGGGCUGCCCCAGGAACACCCGGCCCUGCGGACCCACGAGGGGCCCGACAGCCACUCCCUGCCCCCCGCCUCCCUCCACGAGGACCUGCAGCGCCGGCGCAGCGCCAUGCUGGUGCUGAGGCACAGCUCUGCCCCCCUCUUGGCCCUCCCCCCCCACGGAGCCCCCUGCCCGGGCCCCGGCCCCCCGACGCCCCCCAGAGAGCAGGCCCGGCAGCGUCCUGUGGCCCGCAAGGGGGCCGGGAGGCCUGGAGAGGCCAAGGAGGCCGCGGGUCCAGGAGCCCCGGCCCAGGACAGCCCAGAAGAUGACUCCAAGGGCUCGGACAGCGAGGACGCCGAGGCUUCCCGAGCUGAGGCGGGGGGCGGCCCCAAGGACCUGGCCGGCGGGCCCAGAGGCGACUCUCCGGGCCAGGGCCUGGGGGGCAGGGCCGAGGGGAAGGGGCCGCUGCUGGGCCCCCCGCUGCCCCCCCCUCUGCCUCUGAGCCUCCCUUACGCCGUCAGCCCCUACUUCCACACAGGCGCCAUGGGGGGGCUGUUCUUGGACGGCGGAGAGGAGGCUGCGGGCCCCGAAGACGUCAGCAAGUGGACCGUGGAUGACGUGUGCACUUUCGUGGGUGGCCUGGCCGGCUGCGGAGAGUACGCCCCGGUGUUCCGGGAACAGGCCAUCGACGGGGAGACGCUGCCCCUGCUCACCGAGGAACACUUGCUGACCAACAUGGGGCUGAAGCUGGGCCCGGCCCUGAAGAUCCGCUCCCACGUGGCCAAGCGUGUGGGCAGACUCUUGUACAUGGCCAGCUUCCCCGUGGCCUUCCCUCUGCAGGCCCCCGGCCUCCGGGGCGGCGACAGGGAGCUGCCGGGAGAGCCGCAGCCCUCGUCUCCGGCCAACACGGCCUCCCCCUUUGGGGGCGGCUUCUCGGCCAGCAGAGGCUCCCCCAAACAAGAGAACGGGACGCCCUCCCUGCCGGUGGGGAUGGGGGACACGCCGAAGCCUCCCUCCUAACCCCGGGGACCCCGACGGGCGGCCCUGCCUGGCUGGGCUCAGCUCGAGGCCAAAAAAGGGAAGAGGAGCCACAGAGGACGCGGCCUGGAGGCCCAGGAGGGGAAGAAUCCAAAGAAUUUCUGCAAGCAGUUCCAGGGGUCCCGGCCAGGCGGCUCCAGCAACUUGGACCCAUACCAAAGAGGGGAAGCUGGGGCGGACGAGGGAGGGGCAGGCUCCCCCGCACUGCACGCGCCACCCACUUUUCUUACAGACUCUGCGGUACAUCUAAGCUUCUUUAUAUUGUCAAGAAAACCCAAUAAAGGCCCCACAGGGACCAGGUGGAUGGGCCCGGGGCUCAGUCUUCGUCGGAGA